UUAGUAGGUUGAUAGACUCUCAUGGGUGUUUGUGCGCAUCGGCCUUCUACAAUUAUUAUAAACAGAACCUGGGGGAAGGUAUGUACUUAGUCUAUGUCUCAGUGAACGGGGAGGCCGUUAAAACACCCGCAGAGAUAGAGACCAUCGUCGCUAAGUACCCUGAUCUGUUCAAGGAGCCCUCAGGAGUCGUUGACAGGGAGAUUGUCCAUGCCAUAGAGAUCAUCCCAAGUAGCAAGAUGCCUAGAGGGAGAAUCUAUAGGAUGGCUCCGGCUGAGUUGGACGAACUUCGUCGGCAACUGAUAGAGCUCACAGAAAAGGGUUGGAUUCGGUCUAGCACUUCCCCCUUUGGCUCACCAGUCCUAUUUGUUCCAAAGAAAGGGGGAACACUAAGGAUGUGCAUUGAUUAUAGAGACCUCAAUGUCAUCACCGUUAAGAACGCAGAGCCUCUACCAUGCAUCGACGACCUAUUGGAUAGGGUGCAGGGGUGUAAGUACUAUAAUAAGAUAGACUUAAAAUCCGGCUACCAUCAGAUUGCCAUAAGACCAGAGGACCGCCACAAAACCGCAUUUCAGACCAGGUACGAUCUGUACGAGUUUGUGGUGAUGCCCUUUGGCCUUUGCAAUGCGCAGGGUACAUUCCAGCACGCCAUGAAUAGGAUCUUCCAUAACUACUUAGAUCAGUUCGUCGUCGUGUACCUCUACGAUAUACUUAUCUUUAGCAAGACUAUCAAGGAGCAUGCUCAGCAUAUACACAAAGUCCUCUCACUCCUUCGGCAACAGAAGUAUAAGAUAAACAAAGAGAAAUGCGAGUUCGGUCGCACUCGAAUCUUGUACUUGGGUCAUGAAGUAUCAGCGGAAGGGAUUAGGCCCGAAGAUGCAAAGGUGGCUAGCAUACGUGACUGGCCACGACCCCAGUCUGUGACUGAGGUCAGAUCAUUCUUGGGAAUGUGUGGUUAUUACUGCAACUUCGUAAAGAAUUAUAGUACGAUCACAUCUCCCUUGACUGAUCUAACUCGACUUGACACACCAUGGGACUGGACCGACGAGUGUGAGGCAGCUUUCAAACGUUUGAAGCAUGCUCUCACACACCAUGAGGUUCUCAUGGUACCCGACCCGCAAAGACCAUUUGUUGUAACCACUGACGCAAGUCAAUAUGGCAUUGGCGCAGUGCUGGCUCAACAGGAAGGGAAAAAGUUGAGACCGGUCGAGUACAUGAGCAAAAAGAUGUCAUCAAAGAAGUUGGCAAAGUCCACUUACGAGAGGAAACUCUACGCUCUCUACAAGGCGCUUGUCCACUGGAGGCACUAUCUGUUAGGAAGGUUCUUCUACUUGAGAAUUGACCAUCAGACCCUCAAGUGGAUCAAGACACAACUCAUUCUCUCCGAUGCACUCAAACGCUGGAUUGAAGUCAUAGAUCAGUAUGACUUCAAACUAGACUAUGUGAAAGGAGAGUACAACAAGGUUGCAGAUGCGUUGUCUAGAAGGGAAGAUUAUCUGGGUGCGCUAAUUUCUGAGUUUGGCUUAUCUGAGGACGUGACUCGAUCUUUGGGGGAAGCCUACAAGGAAGAUCCCGUCACGAUGGACAUCAUCAACAAACUGCAGGCCAAAGACAAGGCCACAACUGACGAGUUUGUGAUGGUGGAUGGGUUACUCUUUCUUGAAAAGGCAGGGUUCAAAAGUGUAUCUCCAUGGACUUUCAUGGAUACUCUCGUGACCAGCAAGAAUAGCAAAAGGCACAUCUUCGUCAUAGUUGAUAGGUUCACUAAGUAUGCUAGACUAAUUGCCAUGCCGGAGGCUGCCAUGACUGAGCACGUCAUUAAGUUGUUCAUGGACAACUGGGUGCGCGGUUUUGGACUGCCAAAGACAAUCGUUAGCGAUAGAGAUGUGUGUUUCACACGUGAGAUGUGGAAGAAGGCCGCUGAACAGAUGGGCAGCCAGCUUCAGAUGACUUCUGGGAAUCAUCCCGAAGCAAAUUGGCAGGCUGAAGAGAUGAAUCGUGUGGUGCAGCAUCUGCUGAGGCAUUACAUCAAGCCCAGCCAGGAUGACUGGGAUGAGAAAUUACCUCUCAUCGCUAGCCUGUACAACAAUGUUGUACACAGCACCACCGACGUCAGUCCUAAUCAGUUGUACCAGGGAUGGAAGCCUAGAUCUGCUCUAGACUUCCUCCUGCCUGAAAACCGAAUUGCUGUAACUCCUGGAACCAUUGAAUUUGGUGUCCAGUAUGAGAAAUUGUUGCAGCAGAUUGUCGAACACAUGAAGAAAUCUUAGGAAGCUAUGAUUGCUUCUGAGAACAAGCGUCGUCGACAGUCCACAUUUCAGGUAGGGGAACGUGUCUGGGUCAAGGCUAGUGAG